AUGGAGCUCAAGAACAUUGCUAUUCUCGGACCUGGGGGAAACGUGGGCAAGGCUAUCAUCACAGAACUCCUCAAAUACUCCCCUCGCUUCUCCAUCACGGCCAUCACACGUCAAACAUCAACUUACACGGCACCCCCAAACACCUCAAUCACACACAAAACAGUUGACUACAGCUCCCUUGAAUCUCUCAAACAUGCAUUCCACGGCCAAGACGCUAUCGUUAACUGCAUCACUGGCGGAGCAACGCAAUACGAGCCCUCGAAAAUAAUAAUCGAUGCCGCAAUCGCCGCAGACGUCAAGUUCUUCUUCGCAAACGAAUUCGUAGGCCAUGUCACGAGCGAGCGCUUCAAAAGUCUGCCUGAAAGUUUCGCUGGAGCAAAGUACAGAAUCAGAGAGUAUCUGGAAGAGGUCGGUAAGGCGGGUAAAAUCGCAUGGACGAGUUUGAACGGCGGGCCGUUCUUUGAUAUGUGGCUGACAAAGGGUCCGGCUGGCUUCUCCAUACCCACCAAAGAAGCACGCAUCUACGGUACAGGCAAUAAUCCUCUAUAUUGGACACCCCUCCCCACCAUCGCUCUGGCAGCAGCGAAUAUGCUACGCAACCCCCAGCCCAUCCGGAACCGACCAAUUUACAUCUACCCUUUUAUCAACGCAGAAACCAAACCAACGCAAAACGCCCUUCUCCAUGCCAUCGAAUCUGUACUGGACACCAAAUUCACAGUCGAACACAUUGACGUUGCAAAAAUCAAUCAGAACGCUAUGAUCAUUCUGGAAAGGGAGAAGGAGGAGAAAGUGAUAGCAGGAGGGCAGAGGGGUAAUGCGCUCAAGGGGUUGAAUAUUAGUAACCAGUUCUACGAGCCUCUAAGGGCGAAUAAUUUCACUCAGUUAGUUGAAAAUGAGACUGUGGGGGUGGAGGAUAUGACAGUAGAAGAGGCGGUGAGGGAUGCGGUUGAGCUGUACGGUAGGGAUUGUAAGGUUGUGGAAGGGAUGUUUAAAGUGGAGGCUUGUGAGGUGUGA